CGGGGAGUGGGCCAGUAGCCACGGCGAAAGUGCCGGUAUAUAUGCCAGUGAUUGGCGCAGUGUAGCUUCAGUGUGCACCUCCGAACGAUACCAUGAGCACUCCACAGAAGCUUAUAAUACUCGCCCUGGUGGCGACUAGCCUGGCCGGCGAGGCAAAGCAGUCGGACACGAAAGCCACUGUGGAGACGAAAGAAAAGAGCAAGCGAGGAUUGGAACUGAGCUUGGGUGGAUAUGAGAGCUACGGACUGGGAGGACACGGACUGAGCUAUGGAGGAUUAAGCUACGGAGGAGGCUUUGGCGGAGGUCUAGGCGGAGGUCUAGGUGGAGGUCUAGGUGGAGGCGGCGGAGGAGGUGGCGGCGGCGGCGGCGGCGGUGAUAAUGGCCGCAUAACUGGAAUCACCAUCCACCGAGAGAAUCAAGUACGCGUACCACAGCCGUACCCAGUCGAGAGAAACAUACCCGUACCAGUCCCAGUCCCCGUUAAGGUUCCAGUCGAGCGUCCAGUUCCUGUCCACAUACCAAAACCUUAUCCAGUCCCAGUAGAAAAGCAGAUCCCUGUGCCGGUGGAGAAACCAGUUCCGGUACCGUACAACGUGCCCGUCAAAGUACCCGUGUCGGUUCCUUACCCGGUUAGCGUACCGGUAAAGGUUCCAUACCCGAUCGAAAAGGAGGUCCCCUAUCCAGUCAAGGUCCCUGUGAUCGUUAAGGAAUCCUAUCCUGUACUGGUCAGCAGUGGCCACGGUGGUGGUUUCGGAGGCGGUUUGGGUGGCGGCUACGGAGGAGGUUACGGAGGUGGACACAGUUUUGGUGGUCACGAACUGUCUGGACUCAGCCUGCACCAUUAG